CUUUCUUUUUUUCUACUUCAAUUUCUAUUUUUUGCAAUAAUAAAUUCCAUUUUCAAAUUAUUUUUUUUUGCAAAUCAUGCCUCGUCCCAUUCGCAAACAAACAGCCAAGUCAAGCACAGCAACCACCAAACUACAAGACAAGGAAAACAACACCCCCGUAACCCGACGCUCCCAAAGACAACAACAAGAACAAACUCCUCCGCCAAAAUUCAAUCCACCAGCUCAAUUUGAAACUCCCUCGGCAAAGUCGCCUAAAUAUGGUCGUUCGAGACUGAGCAGCAGUUCUUUUAGACGCGUGUCCUUGGCUAAUACCUCCCCUGAUGGCUCGGUGUUUGAUGACUUGAUUGAUGGGUUUUCGCCUAUUAAACGCGCGCCGCCGCCAGAGAGUGAAAAUGACUUGGACUUGGUAGCUAUGCCCGAUCGUAUUGACGAGGAAGAAGAGGAAGAUGGUGAUGGUGAUGGUGAUAGCAGUAGUGAAGGGCAAGACGAAGACGAGGAGGAAGAGAGCUCGGCUGAGUUUGACAUUGACUCUUUGGUCAAUAAGGGUAAGAAGAGAAGGAUUAGCGCAGAAUUUGAUCUCGAACUACUUGAUCGCGAACGAGUCGGCGCUGGACUGCCCAAACGAAACCGCACCCUAAAAUCCAAUACUGCUGAGACCAAGGCAAAGAAACCGACAACAACGACAACAACAACAAAUAAGACGAAGACGACGGUCAAGAAACCAGCGGCUGCUACCGCCAAAAAGACAAACCCUCUCCGCAGCACAACUACCACGAACACCACAACCAAGGCAAAGACUGUUGCCGCAUCUAACAAAAUAAUCAACAGCAAAAAGGACCCCUUGUGGCCUAUUGAUGCAAAAACCACAAAGUACUUUGACGAUAUCGACGGAUUCGAAUUGGCCGAAGAAGCCGUUUAAAAUAUUAAAAAUUGUUGUAUUGUAUUGUUCUAAAAAAUAUUUUUGAUCUUUUUUAAUAUACACAUAAUGUCAAUAGUCA